AUGGCUCCUCCAGAUUCAUUAACAGAUGGAGUUGACAUGGUUGAGAUAACACCAUCCGAUACACAUAAAGGAGAUGUUGCACCUCCAAGAACCGGAAUGUAUGUUACCGCCAAGAAUUUAACAUCGACAGUUGGUUCUGCAAAGAAAAAGAACGAGAAAAAUAUAUUAGAAGAUUUAAAUUUCUUUUUAAAGCCUGGAUCAAUGGUAUUGAUGCUUGGAUCACCUGGUUGUGGUAAAACAUCGGUAUUUAAAGCAUUGGCCGCACAGACUCAUCAAGAACGUCUGUCUGGAAGUUUAUUAUUCAAUGGAAAGCAAGCAAACGACGAUACACAUCACUAUGAUGUAUCGUACGUCGUACAGGACGACCAACAUAUGGCACCAUUUACAGUUCGUGAAACAUUUAAAUUCAGUGCCGAUCUCCAAAUGAGACCGGGUACCACUGAGGAUCAGAAGAACGAGCGUGUCGAUCACAUCCUCAAGACUCUCGGUCUGACUGCACAAGCCGACACCGUCGUCGGAAAUGAAUUCCUUCGUGGAAUUUCCGGUGGACAAAAGAAGCGUGUCACCAUCGGUGUUGAAAUGGUCAAGGAUUCACUACUCUAUUUGAUGGACGAGCCAACCACCGGUCUCGACUCCUCUACCUCACUCGAGUUGAUGAAGCACAUCAAGGAGGUUGUAGCCACCGAGAAUAUCUCUUGUCUGAUUGCACUACUCCAGCCAGGUGUUGAAAUCACCAAACUCUUUGAUUUCCUUAUGAUUCUCUCCGAAGGACAGAUGGCCUAUUUCGGUCCAAUGAAUUCAGCAAUCUCCUAUUUCGAGGGACUUGGAUUCAAGUUACCAAGUCACCACAAUCCAGCAGAGUUCUUCCAGGAGAUCGUAGACGAGCCCGAGCUCUACUACGAAGGUGAAGGACAGCCUCCCUUAAGAGGAACCGCCGACUUUGUCAACGCCUACAAAAACUCUGAAAUCUACAAACAAGUCGUUCACGACUUGGAAACCAAUCAAGUCGAUCCAAUCUAUUUCAAAGACAGCUCAGAUUUGCCACGUUAUCCAACUUCACUUUAUUAUCAAAUUCAUCUCACCUCGCUUCGUGCUUUCAAAAUGCUCAUUUCCAAUCCAGUCGUUGUUCGUGUGCGUAUCAUCAAAUCCAUUAUUAUGGGUCUCAUUCUUGGUUCUCUUUAUUAUCAGCUCGGUUCCUCGCAGACCGACGGUAACAACAGAUCUGGUCUAAUUUUCUUUGCUCUUCUCUUUGUCAUUUUCGGUGGUUUCGGUGCCAUUACAGUGCUGUUUGAACAGAGGGCGGUGUUUUACGUGCAGAAAGAUGGUAAAUACUAUCGAACUUUUGCAUUCUUCCUUUCGCUGAUCUUCUCAGAGCUGCCCAUCUCAACGCUGGAAACUGUGAUUUUCUCCACACUUGUCUACUGGAUGUGUGGACUACAAGGAAACGCUGGAAAAUUCAUUUACUUCCUCCUGAUGGUGUUGGCAUCGGAUCUCUCGUCACAGUCCUACUUUAAGAUGGUGUCAGCAUUCUCUGCGAAUGCCACAAUCGCUUCCGUCAUUGCUCCAGCCAUUUUGGCGCCGAUGAUAUUGUUUGCCGGAUUCAUGAUUGCUCGUCCAUCGAUUCCAAACUGGUGGAUCUGGCUCUACUGGAUCUCACCAAUUCACUAUUCAUUCGAAGGUUUGAUGACCAAUGAACAUUAUGGUCGUCACUAUGGAUGCUCCGACAGUGAAAUGGUUCCACCCGCUUUUAUUGCCAAUGCUUCGUUCAACGGUCACCAAGUGUGUCCGUUCACCGACGGUAGUCAAUUCAUUGAACGUCUCGGUAUGCAAGACAACAAUUGGUUCAAAUGGGUCGAUCUUGCCAUCGUUUUUGGAUUUGCCAUUAUCUGGAGUUGCAUGAUGUACUACUUCUUGCGUGUCGUUCACUACGAUUCGCGUGCUGCCAACGCUGAAGCUGACCGUCGUAACUCGAAGCGUGCCAAGAAGACUGCUGCCGCCGGUAAGGAGCACAAGAUCAGUGUCAAGAGCAACAAAGACGCCAAGAUCAAGAAGGAAAUUCCAAUCGGAUGUUACAUGCAAUGGAAGAAUCUUACCUAUGAAGUCGACAUCCGUAAAGAUGGAAAGAAACAACGUCUCAGACUCUUAGAUGGUAUCAAUGGUUACGUUAAACCAGGAAUGUUACUUGCUUUAAUGGGUCCAUCAGGUGCUGGAAAAUCAACAUUACUAGAUGUUUUAGCAGAUCGUAAGACCGGUGGUCAUACUAAAGGUGAAAUUUUAAUUAAUGGUGCUGCAAGAACCAAGUUCUUUACUCGUACUUCUGCUUAUGUAGAACAACUCGAUGUUUUGCCACCAACUCAAACCGUUCGUGAAGCUAUCCAGUUCUCUGCCAAGACACGUCUUCCAAGCUCAAUGCCAAUGGAAGAAAAGAUGGCAUUCGUCGAGAAUAUUUUGGAGACUUUGUCAUUGUUGAAGAUUGCCAACAAGAUGAUUGGACAUGGUGAGCAAGGUUUGUCACUCUCACAACGUAAGCGUGUCAAUAUCGGUAUUGAACUUGCUUCCGAUCCACAAUUGCUCUUCCUCGACGAGCCAACCUCUGGUCUUGACUCUAGUGCUGCGCUCAAGGUAAUGAAUCUCAUCAAGAAGAUCGCCAUGUCUGGUCGUUCCAUCAUCUGUACAAUCCAUCAGCCAUCGACUUCCAUCUUCAAGCAAUUCGACCAUUUGCUGUUGUUGAAGAAGGGUGGUGAGACUGUAUAUUUCGGUCCAACUGGUGAGCGUAGUUCCAUUGUUUUGGAUUACUUUGGAUCGCAUGGAUUACAAUGUGAUCCAUUGAUGAAUCCAGCUGAUUUCAUUCUCGAUGUCACCGAAGAUGAAAUCCAAGUAGAGUUGAAUGGUUCGCCACAUAUUUUCAAGCCGGUCGACGACUUUAAGGAGUCGCAACUCAACAACAAUCUCUUGGCUGCUAUCGAUGCAGGUGUAAUGCCAGCCGGUACACCAGUAGCCGAAUUCCACGGAAAAUACUCUUCAACCAUUGGAACACAAUUCCACGUUUUGUUCCGUCGUGCAUGGCUUGCUCAGGUGCGUCGUGUCGACAAUAUUCGUACUCGUCUCUCUCGUUCUCUGAUUCUCGGUGUCAUCUUUGGUACAUUGUAUCUCCAGAUGGACAAAGAUCAAGCCGGUAUCUACAAUCGUGUAUCACUACUUUUCUUCUCGCUCGUCUUUGGUGGUAUGUCCGGUAUGAGUUCCAUUCCAAUCGUCAGUAUGGAGCGUGGUGUCUUCUACCGUGAACAAUCCGCCGGAAUGUAUCGUAUCUGGAUUUGGUUGUUGACCUUCAUCAUCACCGAUCUUCCAUGGGUAUUCCUCUCUGCCAUUCUCUACACCAUCCCAGUGUACUUUAUCUCUGGAUUGGCUCUUGGCUCAUCCGGUGCUCCAUUCUUCUACCACGCAUUCAUCUCGUGUACAACCUACCUCAAUUUCGCGUUGGUUGCAAUGUUGUUCGCCAUGAUUUUGCCAACCGACGAGAUUGCUCAUGCAAUGGGUGGAGUACUCCUCUCGAUCACUGCGUUGUUUGCAGGUUUCAUGAUUCCACCAGGUUCCAUUCCCAAGGGAUGGAUCUGGAUGUACCAUAUCAAUUUCGUUAAGUACCCAUUGGAAAUCUUCUUGGUCAAUGAAUUCGAACAUCUCAAAUUCAAUUGUCCGGGUAACGAAGGUGCAGUUCCAGUUCCAAUUGGUCCAAAUCCAACCGAUUUCAAAUUCUUCUGUCCAUUGACUGAAGGUACCUUAUUGUUGGAUCAAUACAAGAUGAAGUCUGACAACCUCUAUUUGAAUAUGACUGUAAUCUUUUCAUUCUCAAUCUUCUUUACAUUCCUCUGUUAUCUUGCAUUGAAAUUAAUUAGACAUCAAGUUAAAUAA